CGCCCGAGCGGAGGAUCUGGGCUCCGGGUGGGCCGCGGACCCGGGAGGCGGCGGGGCGCCCCGAGAAAGGGCCCGGGCCGCGCGGAUCACACGGGAGGCCUGGGCCGUGGGCUCGGGCCGGGAGCGGAAUCUGUGAAAGCCGGGCCGCGGGCAGACUCCGGCGGGCUUCCUGGUGUCCCGGCCCCUGCCCUCCUUCCCAGCUGGAGGGAGAAGUGCGAAUCCUGGAGCAGCGCUUCUCAAAGUGGGUCCGCGGGCGGACUCCCACCGCCGCCGCGGACUCUGUGGUCCGCACUCUGUGCCGCGGCCCGGGAAUCCGCCUGGCAGCAGGCGAUGCCGGCGGCUUAGAUACAGGGGGUCCCAGGCCCGCACUUCGGGGACGCGUCUCCGGAGGGCAGGGCACUUCGGCCACAGUAGGCAGCCUACUGGGUGCACCUGAGGGCGGGCACCGCGGCUGCACUUGCAAUGGUGGUGGCCCUCUGCCUCAGGAGAGUCGGACCGGAGCCGGGGUGUCUCCUCCUCGCACUCGGGGUGCUGCUGUGCCCCCGGGGUGCACAGAGCGCAGUGCCUGGGCCGGCAGCCUCGGGGCGAAGCUGUGCUGAGGCGGCAGUGUGGGUGCAGCAGGCAGAACUGGGGGGUUGGUCCUGUGACCUGGAUGCGAGCGGUCCCCACCGCUUACCACACGCAGGGCAGCCUGGGUGUGGCCCCCAGGGCCCUCAUCUGUCCCUGGGCACAGGGAGCCGCAUCCAGCCCGGCUCUCGUGUGCGUCAGGUCAGGUCUGCCCGCGUCGCCCGCAGGGGCUGGCACACAGUACGCACUCAGUAAAAGGGAAUUAGUAAGAGCGACACAGGCCCUGCCUUCUAGGGGCGUAGAGGCCCCCAAACUAGGGAUUAAGCAGGCGAGGUGAAAUGUAGACAGGAGCACAGUUCAUCCGGAGAACUGCGCACCGGCUGUCACUCGGGGGUGAUUGGGAAGGUAGUGCAGGCAGUGAGGUUUGCCUGGGGCUUUGAAGAAGACAUGGGCUUCCAGGGAGCUGGUAACCGGCAGCAAGAACCAGCUCCAUCCCAGGCACCUUGCAGGCCUCCCAGGUGGUUCUCUCACUGGGAUCAUUGCGGGGCUGCCCCCAGGGCCGAGGGGACCGGGACCACCAUUGUUUGCAGUUUCUGAAAGUAUUUCAAGGCACAAAUUCAGGUGUCGGCGGGAGCAAUGGAAGAUCACAAGGAAGAAGAGAUGUUAGACAUUCUUCGACUGAACGUGGGUGGCUGUAUUUACACAGCCAGGCGAGAGUCCUUGUGCCGAUUUAAAGACUCCAUGUUGGCUUCCAUGUUCAGUGGUCGUUUUCCUCUAAAAAGAGAUGAGUCAGGGGCUUGUGUUAUUGACCGCGAUGGACGCCUGUUUAAAUACCUUUUGGAUUACCUCCAUGGAGAAGUUCACAUCCCCACGGACGAGCAAACCCGAGUCGCCCUACAGGAAGAGGCGGAUUACUUUGGCAUCCCUUAUCCGUACAGCCUGUCCGACCACUUGGCCAAUGAAAUGGAGACAUAUUCUUUAAGGUCAAAUAUAGAACUUAAAAAGGCUUUAACAGACUUCUGUGAUUCAUAUGGUUUAGUUUGCAACAAACCAACAGUUUGGGUUCUCCACUAUCUUAACACAUCCGGUGCAAGCUGUGAGAGUAGAAUUAUUGGUGUUUACGCCACAAAAACAGAUGGAACCGAUGCUAUUGAUAAGCAGCUGGGAGGAAGAAUUCACAGUAAAAGCAUUUUUAAAAGAGAGGCGGGCAGUAAUGUUCAGUACAUCUGGAGCUAUUACUCAGCAGCAGAACUGAAGAAAAUGAUGGAUGCCUUUGAUGCCUGGGAAGGAAAAGGCGUCAGCUACUGGCGGGUGCCGCACGAGCUGAUAGAAUGCUGGACCCUGGAGGAGCGGCCUUUGCUGGGGAGCCUGCGCCACAUGGCACCGAUUCGGAAGAGGAGGCUGAUGGCGUUGGAUGAAGGGGAGGAAGGCGUGAACUGUAAGGCUGGUCCUAAACCUGUCAGGUUUUCGGGCCCUUCCACCAGCACACAAAUCAAGGUCAAGAACUCGGCUUCAGUCCGGGUGUCCCCGUCUCCAGGCGGAAUGCCAGCUCAGCACUCUGCACUGUCUAAGGCCCUGUCCCUGGUGGGCAUGGAGGUGCCUGGGCACUCCCCAUCGCAUGGGCCCAGCGGUCCUGAAAAUGGGGCCACAUCACCCCCUCCAGCCAAGGUUCUGCUGUGCGACAAGAAGGCUACCCCACCCCGGGUGAUAAAGCUGAAGCGGACUCCACUGUGUGCCACGGGGCCUCCCCCGCCCACCUGCCCAGCAGCGAGCCCGGCGGGGGCCCCGCCACCCCAAGCGCCCACCUUGGAUGUGCGGACUGAGAACAGGCAGGACAAGACCGAUUGAAGGGAGCGCUGGGCUCCAGACGCCCUGUUGGCCUCCCAGGGCUGCCACCCGGUGAUGCACACAAGUGACACUGUCGAUGCAGUAGAGGUGACAGCGUCAUGUUUGCAUUCAGGGUAAUUAUGGGGAAAGGAAAUUGCUACAUAAGAGUGGAGGAGGGGAGACUUUAGGUGGUUGGGACUACAGUUCCUUCUCAUUUUCCCAACUUUUAAAUGAUUACUUGUCUACAGACAGUUUGAAUUUCCGGUUUUUAAUGUUUUUUUAAUGGUUGGUUGGUAUUAGGGCGACAAACCAGUACAGCAUCAUCACUAGAGAAGUUUACUUUGUUGCUGAAAUAAUUGUAGGCUGUAGGCACUUUGUAAUGUUUGUCAUAGCAGCCCAGGGGUAGGAGUGAGUCUGGCUGAGGUCCUUCUGCCUUGGACCAGCGAGGGUGCUGCAGGGCUCCCUGGUGGUAGCACAGCCCAGAGAGGCGGAGAGAACGCACAUCAGGGGAACUUGCCCCAAGUUACUCUCAGUCUCAGAGGCGACAUGAGAAGAAAGAUGAGGAGGGGCAGAAGAUAGAGACCACACUUUGAUGUUCAUUUAAUUAAACUGUUUUCUUUUCCAGAUUGGCUUUUCUUUUUACUUAUUUCCUUUUUUAAUGUAGACACACACACACACACACACACACACACACACACACACACGUCAAUUCGUUGUUCCACUUAUUUAUGCAUUCAUUAGUUAUUCCUGUAUGUGCCCUGAUGGGAUCAAACCCGCAACCUUGACAUAUAGGGACAAUGCUCUAACCAACCUAGCUACCCAGCCCGGACCUAGGUUGGCUUUUUUUACUUUUUUCCAUUAGCAGAUGUAUUUGUACAUCACAAGAAGGCUUCUUGGAAUAAAAACUACAUAGCAUAGUUUUUGAAAAUGCUUUGAAAAAGAGAAGUUAACAGUUUAACUUUCUAACUAAAGUUAAGUUUUGUUUUCCAGAACUGACCAUUGAAGAGUCAUUCUGGUGACACAGUAUGAUCUUUAUGCAUAAAAGAUCCACAUAACUUGAAUUUAAUGUUUUUAAGCAGAAUCUUUUGAUCAAUCCUCUAUUUUUCACAGCUGUUCAGUCUUGUGUGUUUACUCCUACAUGUUGUGUCUUGCAAUUGGGUCACAUAUGGCUGCUUCAGUGAGCAGUGUGCCUGCCAUCGGUGUGUUAACAAUAAGUUCAUAAAAGCAGGGUACUUUCUCCUCAGUGCUUCUUGUGGUUGCAUUGUUUUGAAAGAGUAAAGUAACUAUUCAAAACAUUAUUUUUUACAAAAUAAAGUAAAACUUUUCCAUAAAA